CUUUCCUCCUCUCUCUCUCUCUUUCGAUUUUUCCUCGUUAUCUUGUCCAGUUCCCAUUAUAAAUUUGGAUUUCCCGGAGCGGAUGUCAUCACCUCGUUGACCCUGUCGAGGCUUUCGAUUCCUGUGCAACUCCCAUUCUGUCUUCCUGCAACUCCUCAGCGGAUGUAGGGGAGACCGAGUGACCUGCCCAGAUACAGAGCAGUCACGUGUGGUAAUCGAGAGAGGGAACGAGGGAGAGAGACAGGGAGCUGGAAUGGCGGGCGGAGGAUUUGUGGAAGCCGGGCAGCUGAAAAGGGCGCAUCUUUACGAGUACCGGAUCACUGGGUAUUUCGUAUUCGCCUGCAUUGUUGCGGCCCUUGGCGGAUCUCUUUUUGGGUACGAUCUGGGCGUUUCGGGCGGAGUGACCUCCAUGGACGAUUUCCUGAAGGAGUUCUUCCCAAAGGUGUACCGGAGGAAGCAAGCGCAUCUGAACGAGACCGAUUACUGCAAGUAUGACAACCAGAUCCUGACGCUCUUCACUUCUUCUCUCUACUUUGCGGGCCUGGUCUCGACCUUCGCCGCCUCGCACGUGACGAGAAGGAAAGGCAGAAGAGCAAGUAUCAUCGUGGGAUCGAUCAGUUUCUUCUUGGGAGCGGUCCUCAACGCGGCUGCUGUCAACAUAUGGAUGCUGAUCAUCGGUCGCAUAUUCCUCGGCUGUGGCAUUGGAUUUGGAAACCAAGCGGUCCCUCUAUAUCUCUCGGAAAUGGCACCAGCAAAGAUCCGAGGGGCAGUGAACCAGUUGUUCCAGCUAACGACGUGCCUGGGGAUAUUGAUCGCGAACCUGAUAAAUUACGGGACCGAGAAGAUUCACCCUUGGGGUUGGAGACUGUCUCUCGGCCUCGCGACGGUCCCUGCGGUGCUCAUGUUUGUCGGCGGCCUGUUCCUCCCGGAGACUCCAAACAGCCUCGUCGAGCAAGGCCGGAUGGACGAGGGGAGGAAGGUGUUGGAGAAAGUGCGGGGCACCAAGAAUGUGGACGCGGAGUUUGAGGACCUCAUUGAGGCCAGCGAGGCCGCACGGGCCAUCAAGGAUCCGUUCAGGAACCUCCUGCGGCGCAAGAAUCGGCCCCAGUUGGUGAUUGGGGCCCUGGGGAUCCCGGCCUUCCAGCAGCUCACCGGCAUGAACUCCAUCCUCUUCUAUGCUCCCGUGAUCUUCCAAAGCCUGGGCUUUGGCGCGGGGGCUUCUCUGUACUCAUCCGCUCUGACCAGCUCGGCAUUGGUCAUUGCUGCACUGAUCUCGAUGGCCUUCGUCGAUAAGUUCGGCAGGAGGGCUUUCUUCCUAGAAGCUGGCACCGAAAUGAUAUGUUACUUGGUUGCCGUGGCCAUAACCUUGGCGCUGAAAUUCGGGCAAGGAGUGGAGCUGCCCAAGGGGAUUGGAGUAUUCCUCGUGAUCAUCAUCUGCCUUUUCGUGCUGGCCUAUGGGAGGUCCUGGGGGCCGCUGGGGUGGCUCGUGCCGAGCGAGAUCUUUCCCCUCGAGACCAGGUCGGCAGGCCAGAGCAUGGUCGUGUGCGUUAACCUCUUCUUCACCGCGCUGAUCGCCCAGUGCUUCCUCGCCUCCCUGUGCCACCUAAAGUACGGGAUCUUCUUGCUGUUUGCGGGGUUGAUCUUGAUAAUGAGCUGCUUCAUCUUCUUCCUCUUGCCGGAGACGAAGCAAGUCCCAAUAGAGGAGGUGUACCUGCUCUGGCAGAAUCAUUGGUUCUGGAAGAAAUACGUCGUCGACGAGCACAGCAGCACGUAAGCAGAGUUGGAAAACAAAGCACCAUGAAUCUGGUGCAUCCCAAAGGAAAUUGUCUUGUUCUCUAGUCCAUACUCUAUACUGUUUCACAAUAAGGUCUGACGUUUUGGUACUUGUAAUUCUUCAUGAUUUUGUGCUCAAAGCUUUUCAAAGUCUUUCUGGAUAGUGCAUUGUUUUCAUUCAAAAAUGAUAAACCGUGUACAAAUGGCAAGUUCAAACCCCCGAGUUAAUAUCAGUCGCUGAUAUUCAAGAAUGAA